ACCUUCGGCCAUCUGCGAGGGAAAGAGAGAGAGAGAGAGAGAGACGAGGGAGAUAAUUGAGGGGUAGCGUCCGAAGCAUUGUUAGAAUAUUACGUGAUCGGUGCGUAUUACGAUUUGUUUGGUCUUUGAAGUGCCCGACAAUUCUCCGAUCUUACAUGCUCUUGUAAAUUUUCCUCAAAUCUGACGAAGUUUUAUUUUCUCGGGGAAAAAUGGAGUUCGGACGAGAAUUUUGGUUUAUCUAACGAGAAGUUCGGUUAUUUAAAGGGCUUUUAACGAUUGGGUCUUUGUGCAUAAGUGAUUGGAUGGUGUUGUGUGCUGAUCAGUGAGGUUCUGUUGCACUGUGCAACAGAUGAAAGAAUGCACAUGUUUUUCGUUUGACAAAUUCUUUUUUGUAUGAUUGAUGAGAUAUGGUGUUGCAGAGGAGGUUAGACUAUGGAUUCAAUGGUUAUCAGGUUCCACCCACACCUCGAGCUACCAGAUCAAGGAGGCGUUCAUUUGGGAAAAAAAUUGAUGAUAAUCAAAUGUGUGCAUUUGACUUGCUGGCUACUGUAGCUGGCAAGCUUUUGCUGGCGGCAGAAAGUUCACGUAGUUCUACUGAUACUUGGAUCGAAAAUGAUCAAUGUGCGUUUGGGAAGGAUUCUGUUAUGAAAGAAAAAAGGGAUGUAGAUAAAUCUUCGGAAGUAAAACUUUGUGAACAAGAAACCUGUGAUAUGAGUCUUUUUGUUUCUAAGCUUGUGUCACAAGCACCCGUAAAUUAUACUUUGAAGGAAUUCCCACAUGAACUGAAUGAUGCUUGUUCAGGACUUGCAUCUGUAAUAACAACUUCUGAUUGCUCAGAGAAGGCUGGGUCUGCUGAAAAGUUGGUCAAUGGUGAAAGCAAGAUUGAAUAUGGAAGCUUUGCUAGCAAAGUAGAUGUGGAUAUUGUUGGCUGCAGAGGCUCUUCUACUUGUAAAUUAGAGAAUGGAAGUAGGGAACCGAUAAAAAUUGACCAGCAAAAUACUGGAAAGGCAUCAGUUAGUACUAGGACGGGUAUGUUCAGUUCAGAGGACCAGGUGGUAUGUGACAGGAAACCUCCUGCACUUCUCUGUUCACAUAAUAGUGUUAAGGUGUCGUGUCUGGACCACAUUCCUUGUGGUCCUCUCCCCGUUUAUGGGGAUGAUGUAAAGUUAGUUGUUAGAGAUGAUGACGAAAACUCUUCCGGGUGCACUCAGCCUCGGACUGCAAAUAAGGCUUACAGGCCAUCACCACGUAUUGGAGACCGAAGAAUAAGGAAGCUGUUGGCAUCCAAAUAUUGGAAAGUAACUCCUAAAUUGAAGAAUGGGGAACAUUUUAAUAAUGAUACAGAAACAAAGGCUGUUUAUCAUCGGAAAAAAAGUCACAAACAACAAAGGUCCCAGAGGGAUUAUCCUUUCAAAAAGAGGAAACUUUACUUCUGUAGCUCAGUAUCAAAUUCUGAUGGAGAGAUCAGCAGUGAUGGCAUCGCUAGUUCACCGGGGAAGGGCUCUAAUGGAGAUACUUCUUGUUUGGGUGCCAUAAUGCAUGAAGCAACUGGGACAUUGGCUUAUGCAGCUGGUCAACACAGAUCCUUCCAAUGCAGGGAUUCACAUGUGAAGCUCAAGAUCAAGUCUUUUAGAGUUCCGGAGCUUUUUAUAGACAUUCCCGAAACUGCAACUGUUGGUUCUCUGAAGAGAGCAGUUAUGGAGGCAGUUACUGCCAUACUGGGUGGUGAACUAUGUGUUGGUGUACUUCAUCAGGGGAAGAAGAUUAGGGAUGAUAACAAAACUCUACUGCAGACAGGGAUAACUCAUGGUAACAAAACGGAUGCUCUGGGUUUUACCCUGGAACCUAAUACUUCACAAGCUCCUCAGUCACUUGGUCAGGAAGAUAAUCCAUCUCUAUUUCCUUGUGAUACACCUCAACCAAUAACAAGGUAUCCUGCUCCCAGUGUAGCUCAUAACACAAUUCAACUGGGGACUUCUGAUGCUUCACCAGAUUGUCUGGUAACAAAUCUCGGCAACUUAGUUGACAGCGAUCAUGAUUCAGCACCUUCUCCUCCUGACAUGUCGAUUGACAAAGGCACAGCGGAUUCUAGAGCAUUGGUUCCGACAGUGAAUGCGGAGGCCCUUUCUGUGGUUCCCAUGCGGAAAUCCAAGCGAUCUGAGGCUGCACAGCGUCGUAUUCGCAGACCAUUCUCUGUUUAUGAGGUGGAAGCACUGGUUCAAGCUGUUGAGAAGCUUGGAACGGGAAGAUGGCGUGAUGUUAAACUGCGAGCUUUUGAUAAUGCAAAGCAUCGAACUUAUGUUGAUUUGAAGGUUGGAAAGGAUAAGUGGAAAACACUAGUGCACACGUCAAGAAUAUCCCCUCAGCAAAGGAGAGGUGAGCCUGUGCCCCAGGAGCUCCUGGACAGGGUCCUAGCCGCCCAUGCUUACUGGUCCCCACAGCAAGCCAAGCAACAGCUCAAGCAGCAGUCGGAGACUUGCCUUCUUCUCUGAAACGCCUCGCCAAUAGAAUGCUUGGCAACACGUGCUGAAAGAUCUUAGGUAGAUAACUAGAUAAGUUUAAGGAGGGUUCUUCAAAUUAUUCUUUUAGCAUUAUCAUUAUGUAAAAAGUAUGGCAAGGAAGGGGAAGUAAAAUAGUUAACAUAAUAUUUCUAGCUCUCGAGGCGAUGCUUUUUCCUGCUUGGAGAGGAGAGGUUUGGCGCUUGUUAAUGCUUGACAGAAUUGGAGCUUGCUAACAGAUUUUUGAUGCCUAGACAUUGGCAUCUUCUUUCAAUCGCUUUUCAUGGUGAUUUUUGUAAUUGUUUUGUGUAGUUGGGAGGGUGGAUCUGAAAAUUGUUGUCCAUCUGUUCUAGUUGCUUCCUGAUUGUAAUAUCUGCUUGG